UUUCCUGCCCCGCCUUGUAGUGACGAAACAAAGCGCGAGGAGAACUUUCACUUUCGUGUUCGAACCGCCGGAACGCGCCCACUCGGCAUUUCAGUUCGAUUUGGGCCGGUGCGCCUGCGAGGACGACAGCGCGAGGCUCAGUCGGCAUGUCGGGGCAGUCGGCCGCACGGUGCGGGGAGGUGAAAACCGGGAAUACUUUCAGGUCGGUUAUGUUGACGACGUUCCGAUUUCGCACUACGAAAGCAAAAGCCAAGCAGGACCGGAUGAACAAAAUCCCAGCCGGUUACGACGGAGAAGCCUUCAUCUCGUUGGAUCUGAAGGAAAUGAGAUGGAUCGCAGCUCAUCCACAAGCAUUCGUCACCAAGCUCAAGUGGGACAGCGAUGAACUUUGGAAUCUAAACCAGAAGCACUACUUCACCGAGAUUUGUCCUUCUUACUUGAAGAAGCAUGUGACCAAUGGGAGGGACUUCCUGAUGAGAACAGAGCUCCCCACGGUGUCCCUCCUCCAGAAGACGCCGUCCUCUCCGGUCUCCUGCCACGCGACGGGUUUCUAGCCCAGCGCGGCCGACCUGUUUUGGAGGAAGGACGGCGAGGAGCUCCACGAGGAGGCGGAGACGGGCGAGACCCUCCGCAACCCCGACGGAACCUUCCAGAUGACGGUCGACCUGAAAGCGGAGGUGGCCGACGGGGACGAGGGCCGCUACGACUGCGUGUUCCGGCUGUCCGGCGUGAAGGACGACAUCGUCACCAAGCUGGAGAGAAAAAACAUCCGCAGCAAGAGGCGCAUCCAAGAAAGAAGGAAGACGGUGCCGGUCACCCCGCUGGCGCUCCUCAUUCUGGUGUUGGCGGUCUUGGUCAUCGUCAUCAAGCGUUUUUAAAAAGCCAAAUACGCAGGUGUUAAAUGUUCGAUAAAAAGAAAUUCACUCUCGCACACGAGUGGCGAGAGAGUUAAAGAUUUAUCCCAAGUGCAGUUCUAAGUAAGAGUGAAGAUUGAAGAGGACGGCGAGACUCGUUUGAGCUGAUGAGCUCGCUUUCCUUUGAGGAGGGUUUCUUCUUUAUUUCCAUCAGUCAGAUGAAUAGCUAGAAAUUAAUUCAUAGUGCGAUGUCUGUGGCACAUUUGUGGCCAAUCGAGACAUGAAAGUUCAGGUUAGGGUUAGGGUUAGGGUUAACAAAACAAACUAACUAACUAAACACAAUCAUCCAUCUUGCUCUGCUCAACUUGGAACUUUCCGACCGACGUCGGUUGAAGGCGCCUGCGAGCACCGCGACACUUCCAAGACGUCUGCGCCGAGCUCACGUAGCUACAAAAGAGUCCCUCUGUAAAACAAACGCAACAGAUUUUAUUCACAUCUUUUUGAUUUUUGUAUGUGUUCCAUGUAAGUCCUUGUAAAAUAGUUACAGUGUGAGGACAAGGUGGGAAAAAUGAACGAGGAUUAUUAAUACCAGCUUUGAAUUUUAUUGUGAAGUUCUUUACAGGAUACGUGUAAUGUAGAAACUUGUUUAGUUUGAAAUAAAAAAUGUG